GCGACUGUGGGCGACCGGUGUAGCACCGAAUGUACCGAGUGCACCUAAAAAUUGCCGCUGACAACAUAACCGCAUAUAUCCGCUCAUAACCUAGAAGUUUCCGUCGCUCGCUAGUUUUCCUCUUUCUCUCAGCGAGCGCGAUAUAAAUCGAGAAAAACGCGGAAGGUUGCGUUGACUUGACAAAAGCAGCGGAAUUUCUCGAGAGGCGCAUCGAUGCCGAAAUACUAUUGCGACUAUUGCGACACUUAUCUGACACAUGACUCGCCGAGCGUGCGGAAGACUCAUUGCCAGGGUCGCAAGCACAAGGACAACGUCAAGUAUUUCUACCAGAAAUGGAUGGAGGAGCAGGCUCAGCACCUGAUCGACGCGACGACGGCCGCUUUCAAGGCCGGUAAGAUCGCCUCCAAUCCUUUCGCGGCCAACAAGGGCGCGGCGAUACCACCACCGCCGAACCUCGGCUCCAACCUUGGCUCGCGAUCCGGAGUGCCGCCUCAGGGACCGCCGGGAAUGAUGCCGCCGCCGGGUAUGCACCCAUCCCCGAUGGGGCCGGGAGGCCCGAUGAUGAUGGGACCGCACGGACCGAUGCCGCCUCCUAUGAUGGGCAUGAGACCGCCUAUGAUGGGACCGCCGAUGGGGCCGAUGGGUCCUAUGAUGGGUCCUCUAGGUCAUAUGGGGCACAUGAGACCACCGAUGAACGGGCCGCCACCCCCGAUGGUCGGUCCACCGCCGAUGAAGAAAUAACAAGACCAAGGACUUUUAUCUCUUGUGUAUCUCUUGCGUUGGAUGUUGUAAAUACAAUAGGAAGACGUAUGAUGAUAAGCGUAUUAAAGUAACAUAAGAAUUAAUUAUCUUGGAAUACAUAAGUUAUGAAACAUGAAAUAAAGUCUUUCUUCACAU